AUGGGGACCCCCAGAACCGGGUUCCUACUCCCGCCGCUGCUGCUUCUGCUAUUCAGCUGUCCCUGGACUUGCGGUGUGCCUCUAAAAGAGGAGGAGACCCUGUCUGGGAGAAGCAGUGAGUCUCCCACAAUUCCACCAGCUGCAUUAGCUGACCUGAUACAUGGAGCCCUACUAAGAAGGGGGCCAGAGAUGGGGGACAUCCCUGGAUCCCUUCUGGUCCCCACAAUAGCUGCUGAUCCAGAAGACCAGACCCUCGCCCCACCUUCCCCACCUUGGGCCACAGAACCAGGGACAGGACCCCUGACAACAGCUGUGACUCCCAAGGGAGCAAGGGGGGCUGGGCCUACUGCACCUGAACUACUGACCCCACCUCCUGGAACUACAGCCCCACCCCCACCAGGUCCUGCCUCUCCAGGCCCACCUCUUGGGUCUGAGGGAGGAGAGGAAGAGACCACAACCACUCUCAUUACCACAACUACAGUCACUACAGUCACAAGUCCAGUUUUAUGUAACAACAACGUCUCAGAGGGUGAAGGUUAUGUGGAAUCACCAGAGUUUGGGCGUUCAGCUGCUCCCACUCUAGGGCCCCUCGACUGCACGUACAGCAUCUCUGUCUAUCCCGGCUAUGGCAUUGAAAUCCAGGUUCAGUCUCUCAACCUGUCCAGAGAAGAGGGACUGCUUGUAUUGGCAGUGGGUGGUGCACCAGCCCCAACACCCCAGCUCCUGGCCAAUGCCUCCCUACUAGGGGAGGGUCAAGUCCUUCGCAGCCCAACUAAUAGGCUGCUUCUGCAUUUCCGGAGCCCCCGGACUCCUCGAGGUGGUGGCUUCAGGAUCCGCUACCAGGCCUACCUCCUGAGCUGUGGCUUCCCACCCCGACCACCCCAUGGAGAUGUGAGUGUGACAGACCUGCAUCCUGGAGGCAUUGCAACCUUCCACUGUGACUCAGGCUACCAGUUGCAAGGGGAAGAGACCCUUGUCUGCCUGAAUGCUACUCGACCAGCCUGGAGUGGAGAGCCUCCUACCUGCCUUGCUGCCUGUGGAGGCUCCAUCCACAAUGCUACUCUAGGCCGGAUUGUCUCCCCUGAACCCGGAGGGGCUGUAGGGCCCAACCUUACCUGCCGAUGGGUCAUUGAGGCAGCUGAAGGACGGAGACUGCAUCUGCACUUUGAAAGGGUCUCACUGGAUGAGGACAAUGAUAGACUGGUGGUCCGAUCUGGGGGUGGUCCCCUUUCCCCACUGAUCUAUGACUCAGACAUGGAUGAUGUCCCAGAGAGAGGACUGAUCAGCGAUGCCCAAUCCCUCUACGUGGAACUGCUCUCUGAAACGCCAGCCAACCCCUUGCUACUAAGUCUCCGAUAUGAGGCCUUUGAGGAGGAUCGAUGCUUUGCUCCAUUCCUGGCUCAUGGCAAUGUCACUUCCACGGAUCCCCAGUUCCGUCCUGGAGCACUGGCUACAUUCUCCUGCCUCCCAGGAUAUGCCCUGGAACCUCCUGGCCCCCCCAGUGCCAUUGAAUGUAUUGACCCCUCUGAUCCCCACUGGAAUGACACUGAACCAGCCUGCAAAGCUAUGUGUGGGGGAGAGCUGUCCGAAUCUGCUGGUGUGGUCCUUUCUCCCGACUGGCCCCAGAGUUACAGCCCUGGUCAGGACUGUAUAUGGGGCCUUCAUGUCCAGGAAGAAAAACGGAUCUUGCUCCAGGUUGAAAUCCUGAAUGUUAGGGGAGGGGACAUGUUGACCCUGUUCGAUGGAGACAGCCCCAGUGCCCGGGUCCUAGCCCAGCUUCGAGGGCCCCAGCCUCGUCGCCGCCUUCUCUCCUCUGGCCCGGACCUCACCUUGCAGUUCCAGGCACCAGCUGGACCCCCUAACCCUGGUCUGGGUCAGGGAUUCGUGUUACAUUUCAAAGAGGUUCCUCGGAACGAUACAUGCCCAGAAUUGCCCCCGCCAGAGUGGGGCUGGAGGACAGCAUCCCACGGAGACUUGAUCCGGGGCACAGUGCUUACUUAUCAAUGUGAACCGGGCUAUGAACUGCUUGGCUCUGACAUCCUCACCUGUCAGUGGGACCUGUCUUGGAGUGCUGCACCCCCAGCCUGCCAGAAAAUCAUGACCUGUGCAGACCCUGGAGAGAUUAGUAAUGGGCACCGGACAGCUUCUGAUGCUGGCUUCCCCAUUGGCUCUCACAUUCAGUACCGAUGUCUGCCUGGCUAUAGUCUCGAGGGGGCAGCUGUCCUCACCUGCUACAAUCGGGACACAGGCACCCCCAAGUGGAGCGACCGUGUCCCCAAGUGUGUCCUGAAGUACGAGCCAUGCCUGAACCCAGGUGUCCCUGAGAAUGGUUACCAGACCCUUUACAAACAUCACUACCAGGCUGGGGAGUCUCUCCGAUUCUUUUGCUAUGAGGGCUUUGAGCUUAUUGGCGAGGUCACCAUCACCUGCCUCCCAGGACACCCCUCUCAGUGGACCAGCCAGCCCCCACUCUGCAAAGUGGCCUAUGAGGAGCUACUGGACGACAGAAAACUGGAAGUGACCCAGACCACAGACCCUUCUCGGCAAAUGGAAGGUGGAAAUCUAGCCCUGGCCAUCUUGCUGCCUCUGGGCCUUGUCAUCUUACUCAUUGGAGGUGUUUAUCUCUACUACACCAAGCUACAAGGAAAAUCUCUAUUUGGCUUUUCUGGAUCUCACUCCUAUAGCCCUAUCACUGUGGAGUCUGAUUUCAGCAACCCACUCUAUGAAGCUGGGGAUACAAGAGAGUAUGAAGUCUCCAUCUAAACACCAAUGGAGGGAGCAGGACCUUUGGGUGUCCCUUCCUGACCCCCUCCCCCCCAGACCAAUCUGGGAAGGGGGAGGGAGGAAGUAUAGGGAACUGGACCCUCCACUUCCAGCUCUCAACACCUCGUGCUUCCCCCUUCCCCUCCUUGUAAAUAUCCUAAGACCCCAUUAGGGACA